GUGACAGUACACACACAUGUGGAGACUGGAGAGGAGCAUCGCUUGAGCGAAAUUACGUAUUGAAGUGUAUAAUAGAAAAUCUACAAACUCACUUGUAUACAGAUUAAUCGCAAUAAAUGGCGGAGUGUGUGAAUGACAGUGAAACCGAGAGCCCAAUCAGUUAUGGGGAUUAUAUAGUGCUUAGGAGAGGAGAUGUCUUCAAAUCCGUGCAGAUCGAGCAGAAACAGAAAGUUAUAUUUGAGAAGCAGUGGUUCUUCUUGGACAAUGCAGUCGGACAGCUGUACGGGACGAUGUUUGAAAUCGAAGCCGGUGGUUCACUCAAACUCAAGGCUGUGAAACGGUCAGGGAACGCUGCGGGUAAUGAGGAUUCUAAGGAAGCGGGCCAGGAUAACAGGCACAUAGUGGAUGAUGGAAGAUCUCAAAAACUGACCAGAGAUGAUAUUGAAAUACUGAAAGAGCAGGGGUUAAAGGGACAGGAGAUUGUUCAGCAGCUUAUAGACAACAGUACAACAUUUAAGGACAAAACUGAAUUUGCACAAGAGAAAUACAUCAAGAAGAAAAAGAAAAAGUAUGAAAGUGACAUAAAAGUCCUGAAACCCUCAACUCGACUCCUCGCCAUGAUGUACCACGGCAGAGAACCAGGAAAAAUAUGUCAUCUGCGUUAUGACACCCUGGCUCAAAUGCUAACACUUGGUAACAUCCACGCUGGCAGUAAGAUCAUUGUUUUUGAGACCUGUGCUGGACUUGUACUGGGCUCUGUAAUGGAGAGAAUGGGAGGUUAUGGUUCAGUGAUCCAAAUGUAUGCUGGUGGUGGGCCGACGAGAGCCGGUAUGGAAAGUUUUGGCUUUCCAUCACACUUCCAUGAGACGCUACAUGAGUUUCCCAUGUGUAAAGUUAACGCUCUACUGGCGGGAACCCUUGAAUUAUCAGAGAAGGACGUGGACUCUCAGGCCAAUAAGAACGGGCAGUCUGACUCAUGUCAGGAGACCUCAGGUGUGUUAGAGGAGAAGAGUUCAAAACCUCAGAGCAUGGAGGUCAGCCUUGACCCAGAAGAGGAAAUGAAGAGAGCGAGACUGCGAGAACAGAGGGCACAAGAGAAGAAAGUGAAGAUGGAGGAGAAGAGGAAGAAACUAGCAUCAGCUGCCGCUCAGCUGGAGGGACGAAAUGCAGAUGGGUUGGUGAUUGCUAGUCGAUUUCACCCCUGUCCUGUGUUACUGGGUAUGCUGAAGUUUGUAGCGCCAUCACGACCGUUUGUUGUGUACUCCCAGUACAGAGAGCCUCUGAUUGAGUGCUACACCAAGCUCAGGGAACAAGGAGGAGCAAUCAGUCUUAGAUUGACGGAUUCAUGGCUCAGGCAUUACCAGGUGUUGCCCAAUAGGACUCAUCCAGUGUUACUCAUGAGUGGAGGUGGAGGUUAUCUCCUCUCGGGGAUGACGGUUGCCGCAGGCACUUCCAAAUCUAAGAAUCCGCAGAAAUCCGAGGAGCCAGCCGCCAAGAGACUGAAACUGGAUGAGAUUAGCCCAUCAUUUCGCAGCUCGACCUAAGCAAUCAUUUCGGUUUAAUUUAUUUAAGUUAGAAGAAACUAAAUCAGUGUGGACUCACAUUCAGGCAGUGCUUUUAUUUUCUGUAUGUGUUGCAAGACUUUAUAAUUCAUAGUCUUUUAUCCAGUAUGUUUUUUUUUUUUUGCAUAGA